AUGAUGAGUGCCAGUUGGGGAUUUGCACCUCUUCGAUCUGUGUUUCUUCGGUCCAUUAUCUUUCAACAUCAUCAUCCAAGGCUUCCGAAUAAAUCUCUACUGACCCGACCUCAACUUGCCAACUAUUCAACGGCUGAAAUACAACCCCUGGAUGCUGAAGAAAGGAUAUACCACCCUCAGUCAGACGUGGAGGACUUGGAGGGAUACAGGCCUGGCGGAUACCAUCCAACUGUUGUCGGAGACACUCUUUGCGAUGGCCGCUAUAAGAUAAUCCACAAGCUGGGAUACGGGGGUUAUUCCACCAUCUGGCUUGCUCGUGACCAACAACGCCAGCGUUAUGUCUCACUGAAGAUUCUUGUUGCAGCAGCUUCAAGGGAAAGUGAUGAUAACGAGACCAGCUCAAAGGAGAACAGUACAAAUCUCAUGUUUCCUCGAGAUGCUGCGAGAUCUAUUGCGGCACAGCUCGUCAUGGGUCUGGACUAUUUACACGCGAAUGAUAUAUGUCAUGGGGACCUCCAUUUGGGCAACUUUCUUCUACGUGUCCCAGAAUUUGAUAACCUGAGUCCGGAUGAAUUGUACGAACGACAUGGUAAACCAUACGAGGUUCCUACUCAUCGGCUUGAUGGAAGGCCUAGCACCCCCCAUGCACCAUUACAUGUUGUUUAUCCUAUGAAGCAGAAUAUGCCUUCGAACGAUAUAACAGAUCCUGAGAUUCUAAUUUCAGAUUACGGGACCUCUUUUGCUAUUUCGAAAACGACGUCUCCAAGACUCCAUACCCCGGCUCUCUAUGCUCCUCCAGAAGACUUCUUCAACGAUAGCAUCAUCGGCACUGCAGCAGAUAUAUGGACACUGGGAGUAGUCCUGUACGAUGCCAUGGGUGAACGGCCACUUUUUGAAACGUUUGCAUGGGAUCCAGACGACAUCAUGGGUGAGAUGGUGAAUACACUUGGCUACGAACAGAUGCCUGAACGAUGGUGGAACUCCUGGAAGUGUCGCUCUGAGUUCUUCAAUGAGGACGGUUCCUGGGUCAGCAACUUCCAACGCAUUGGCACACCUGCGUUUCGCCGUCUUCACCAGCGGAUGUGGGACAUGGGACGCGGUGAGACUCCCGAAAGCUGUCAAUGGGAUGUUGCUGGUGGUGAGCUUAAGGCGUUGGAGGAUAUGUUGAGAUCUAUGAUGACUUUUGAACCGGCCAAGAGACCCACGGCGAGGCAGCUUAUGGAGUCGGAGUACAUAGUCAAAUGGGCCUUGCCGGCGUGGCAGAAACAGAUGCGAAGGAAGCAGUGA